UUACGUGGAUAAACAAUUAGCGAAUGUUUUUAGAGUUUGAAAACAAUAUGGCUCGAAGUAUUUAAGAGGCAGAAGUAAUAAUUUUAUAGUUAAGUGUCGGUUAGCUGUAUAGAAAAAUGAAGUUCGAUGUGUUCGAGGAGUUAGUAGGUUUUGGCAGCUUCUCAGUCGCUAUUAGCUAGGUAAGCUAACAUUAGCCACGAUUAAAAGUUACCGAUAGCUCGCUGCACGGAUUUAGGCUGUGGGCUAAACCGGAAAAUGCCGAUACACAGUUAUAGAUCAUUUAUAAACGGAGAGCUUUGAACAUGGAUCGAAAGACGAAGCGGCUGGAAAGUCAACUGUGCAAAGCUGUGAACGAUGGAGAACCCAGAUCUGUGCAGCUGCUUCUCUCACAAGGUGCACGUCCUGACUUUGUGGCUAGUAAAGGAGUGGCUGCCAUACACUUGGCUGUUGGCAAAGAGACUGAGAAGAACACACGCUGCUUGAAAAUGUUGCUGCAAUAUGGAGCGGACCCUAAUAUCAGGUCAUCAGAGGGCCUGACUCCUCUGCAUGUUGCUGCACUAUGGGGAUGUUAUCAAAAUCUGAAAAUGCUCUUGAUGAAUGGAGGGGACCCAAACAUUAAAGAUAAGGAAGGGAAUACACCAGGGCAGCUUGCAGAGCAAGAGGAGAAUAGAAAAUGUGCCCUGCUCCUUCAGGAGUACCAGGCCAGCUCCGUGGACACAGAGGAGGACGACUUGCCUCAAUUCCAAUACUCUGUUUAUUCAGACCAAACGGACAUGUCCAGUUAUCCUGAUUCGGACUACAGCUUCAGUUCCCGCUCAUCUAUGAUAAGUGACUUUGGCGAAGCUCCGUUGAGCAGCACACGGCGCUCAUCAUUUUUAAACUUGUCUGACAUUAAUGGGAGGCCAAGUUGCAGAGGAAUAUCAUAUAACAGACUUUGUAAUAUGGACACUAAGAGGCAUCAGAGCCAGGACUGGAACAAUUCCUCUGUACAUUGGGCAUCUGAAGGUCCAUCCAUAUUAUCAAGCACUCGCAUGUCUGCAAUGGGACUUGUAGCUCCAAUGCCAGUUCUUAAGGAGGAUGAUUUAUUUAUUGAUGAUGGUGUGUUCACGUCAAAAGCAAAUGAACAUGCUGCUACUGCUGAUGGCAGAAUCUCUCCCUCUAGAAGAGACACACUUCCAGCAUUUGCCUCCAGGCGAGCGAGCCGCAAGAGUGUGAGCUUCUGUGAUGUAGAUGAAUAUUUCCCUGUUUUUAGUCCUGAGUUUCCCAAGCAGCAGCCUGCUGUUGAUGGCAGCCAGUGCACCAGCGACUUGUCCUUUGACCUUUCUGAGUACUCUGACUUCCUGCAUUCAGAACGCAUGGCCACUGUUUUACACAAGCAGGGCAUUGACGUCACAUCGCCGGACCACGUUUAUGUUUUCUGCAGGGAGAGCAGCGCAAGCACAGAAGAGGACAUGGAGAAAACAGUCAUCAGUCGUUGUAAUGUGGAAGAGAGUGAUGAUGAACAGGAGGGGGGAAAUGUAAAAGAGAUGCAGGUGAAGUUACCUGAACAGCCAGCACGUUCAUGUGGGGGCAGCGGUAGCAGUGGGACCACUAGUAGUCAUUACAGUAGCUGUGAGAGUGACCAUUACACCAGUGCUCUGGAUGCUUCCUUACACCCCAGACAGGUUUUACGAAAGGAGGGUUCUUUUGGGGCUAAGUCUGACAAAAACUUUGAGAUUUCUACUGACUCUGUUUCUGAAUUGACAAGGCGAGAUGGAAAUCUCACACCUGUUCAACCCCAGAUAGGUUCAAAAUCUGAAACUAUAGAGCAUUUACCAGGUAUCCUUGAUAAACUGACCUUGGAUGAAAUAAAACACUCAAACAAUGAUGCAUUUGCUUGUAGUGGAGCUGUUGUGGAUACUACAAGCAAAGAUGAUGAUGACAAGUUGGCUACAAAACUAACAUCACACACCAAAUCUGACGAUGCAGGUGAGGUAUUAGAGGAAAUAGCUGACCUUCCAUUCACACCCAGUCCAUAUGUAACUGGCAGGACUCGCUCAAGGUUGAGUCGUUGCUCCCUGAGAACAAGCAGAACGCCUGACAGCCUCCUUGCCACGUCUUCUCUGUUUGAGGAGACCCUACCUACACCAGUUCGAACACGCCGCCAGACACCCAGGUCUCAGAGAAGUGAAGACUAUUACAGUUCACCACAUGCACCUAAUUAUACAUCAUCCUAUUCAGGGAGCAGCGCAGGAGGAGACUCAGUGCCUGCAGAUUGCCAAGGCACACAGUCCAGCACCCUGAGAGCUGGUUCAAGUGUAAGCAAUAGCCAAGCAGAUACCUUCAUCCUCUCCAACAGCGUAACCGGCAAUGAGACUGAAUCACAGACUUUAUCUGAUACAGUUGUAUUGGAGAAAAACGAGGACUAUUCAAUGGAUGCUUAUGAAAGAAACCUUGCAGAGAUAGUACUUGCUAUGCAAGGCCAAGAGAGGGAUCUUGAUGAAGGUAGGGAUUUUAUGACAGAUGAUCUGACAAGUACAGAUGAGGCAACAACAAAGGGAGAUGUAAUUGAUGCCCCUGUUGAGGACAGAGUGGACAGCUUAAAAAACGAGGAAGUCUGGAUCACUGAGGAAUGUAGCUCUCAGCCAGACUCUGUGUCAUCUUCAUCCAGCUCCAGCUAUUUUUCCCCAAGGAGGUCCAGGGAAGACUCUGACCUUCCGUGCACCCCAGGCACAGGAUGCACACCCAGGUACAGCAUGAGCAGGCUGUCGAGCUGCCGCCGGCCACAGCACCUGGCUAACCUGUCUUACACACCUGGAGGGCGUCCGCUCAUUCAGGAUCUGGACGAACCAGUGGAGUACCUCUACACUGACACAGAACAGGGCCACAAGUUGAUUGAGAUCCAUGUCCCGCCUACAGCUAACAGCUCACUCAGCUCCAGCAUGAGCACUGCCAGCAGUGAGGACACCAUCCUUUAUGACUGGCACUCCAUGCAGACUGACAUGAUGAGCAACAGAGGCAAGGAGAACCAGAAGCCCCAGAUGUUACUACAGAAAGAGAAACAUGAUGAGGGUGAGGGCAGUUUGUUGCCAGAGACAAAAGGGAUAACUGACAAGGAGCUGAGAUUGAGGUUAGUGGAGCUGGGGGAGAGUCCAGGUCCUAUCAGCAGCCGCACCAGGCCCACCUACAUGCGAAGGCUGUGGCGCCUGUUGCAGGAGUCAAACUCACAAUCACCGCAUCACCAGAAGCAAAUAGACCAGCCGCAAUCAGAUUUAGGUUACAGUCCAGAAUUGCGUCAGGCCCUGCAGACCUUCAAGCUGCCUGAUUGUCAGGCAGACGAGCAGGCCUUGUGCCAGCAGUUUGACCAACCAGAUCAAAACAGGAAGUGGAGGGAGGGCAUCAUCAAGUCCAGCUUCAACUACCUGCUGCUCGACCCCAGAGUGACGAAAAACCUCCCAUUCCGUAGUCACACCAUGACUCCACAGGAGUGUUUCCAGACAUUUAUCCACUCUGUAUUUUAUGUGGGCAAAGGAAAACGCUCCCGUCCCUACAGUCACCUGUAUGAAGCUUUAGAGUACUACAGAGGCGACAAAACCUCCAAGAAAUUGUGCCCCAAAGUGCAGCACAUCCUUAAUGUGUGGAACGCCGGGCAGGGCAUCAUCUCUCUGCACUGCUUCCAGAACGUCAUUCCAGUGGAGGCUUACACAAGAGAGGCCUGCAUGGUGGAGGCCAUGGGUUUGAAGAUGCUCACUAAUCAGAAGCGAGGGGAUUUCUAUGGCGUGGUGUCCAAUUGGCAGAUGAGGCAAAAACGGGAGCUGGGCAUCCAUCUGCUCUACCGGGCCAUGCAGAUCUUCCUGGCUGAGGGUGAGAGACAGCUCAGACCAGCAGAUAUCAGACAGUAGCGACCCCCACUGGAAAGAGGUUUGAAUAGCAGCAAACGACCAAUGCACAGAAGGGGAAAUAUCACUUGUUCAAAUUAUAAAGCAGCUCUUGGUUGAACAAUGUUGCACUCAAAGGUGGGGUGAGGUAAUUGUCUUUCUGCUACAAAUGAACUCUGAUCACUCCCAACCUCAGCAAAGUACAUUUUGUCACACAUGUGACAUCCUUUGUAAUAUUAGCAUCUUUUGAACUCUGUAGUGAAGAUCAUCUUGCUUGUUUGGGUCCUUUUAAAAUCUGUGCUUUUAGUAAAUGUGUCACUCAGGGUGGCAGUUGGUCAUUAAAAGUGCUGAAAAUGUCUCAAAUGUCUAAGCAUUAAAUUGAACUUGUUCAUAUCUGUAGACAUCCUGUAAAUGUCAAAGCUGCCUGAUUUCUGUUCUGCACUAAUUUCAUUUUGUAUGUAUAUGUGGAUUGGAGAUGCAUUUUCUCAGAUGACACAACAAGUAAUGAUUCCACAAAAAACUUAAGAUGGAGCAUUAUAAUUGCGCAUAAAGCAGGUCUUUAUGAGUCAUGACUAACAAAGACAACAAAGUUGUUUUCCAAAAACAUUUUUCUCAGUGGGACGCUUUAAUUCUCAACUGCUGUAGUAAUAAUUACUUUUUCAGAUUGAUCCACAACCAAAUUCAAAUAUCUUAGGCAGUAUAAUCAAAGUAACUGGUGCAAUGUUACACAUAAAAAAGUCGAAACAUAAUGUCUGAAAAUAUUUUCCAAAGAGGCUGGGCGAGAGGUAUUUACAAAGGAGGCCUGGUAGCUAAUCACAUUACUUUUGUAGUGUUAUAAAGGCCAGUUAUUGGUCCUUAGUAUGAUAGGUUUCAUGAAUGAAACAACAAUGAAGUGUAGAGUUUUAGAAACUUAAUGUUUGUUUAAAAGAAAUAUAAUUUGUUUACAUGCCUGGAUUUCCAUUUCAUUUACUGUGCCAUUUUGUUAUUGUUAAAAAAUGUAUAGCAGGGAAGUCGAUGAUGUGAUAAUGUCCAACAGUAAUUAGUGUUUGCAUGUGUACAGUUUUUAGACAUGUUUUGUAGAAACAGGACAGUAGAGUUUGUCAGUAGUACAUAAGUGCUUAAAAUGUUAAUAUGUUCAAGUUAGUGGCAGUACUAGUUUGUGAUAUUUCACAUGCUGUGACCAGUGUAGGAUAUUCACACUGGGGUUGCAGAUGUCACAAUCUUUUUUGUUGACCGUUCAAAUCAAAUCAGAUUUGUCCAUGAAAGUUACAUCCAAUUUUAACCAAUUCAUUCAAAACCAUUCAUUGUAUCCUCAGGGUAAAACACAUGGCCACUUAAAGGGAAGCUGCACAAAAGGCUUUAAGAUUAGCCAUUUCAAGCAGAAAUUUGUAUUUAUAAAUAUAUAUUUUUUUACAUUCUCACCUCCCAGGUUGGCAUGAGACCAUCAUAGAGAGGAGUAAAACCUGAUCUUUUGAAUUAACUAAUGAAAAUAAUUGAUUGGAGAUAAUUAUCUCUAUUAAUUAAACUUCAAAGCCAUUUUUAUAGUAUACUUAUUAAGUGCGUAGACAACUUUUUCAGAUUUUCAUAGUUAUAAAGCCUCUUCAUUGUGAUCUGUGUGCAUCUAUAACUUGUAUAAACGAUACAUGUCAUUUCUGGAUUAAUUAAAUGCAAUGCUCUUUUUUCAUUAUGAUCAUUUACUUUUGCUGUUGCUAUGUUUUCCCCCCUUACUUGCAGUCAUGUGAAAAAAAAUACAGAGGACAUAAACCUGAACUGGAUGUCUCUUUGGCCUUUUAAUGUUCUGUUCCUUGAUGUCCCUCUAGUGGACAAAGGAGGUCAUUAACUUUUCUCCCAAGUCUAGAAGUAGUAAUCAGUAUAAAGCUUCUAAUCACUAUAAUCAAUUAAAAUUAGUGUUUGGUGUCAGUGCUGGGAGCAGUUAUUUCAUGGAAACCUAUAGAUUCUUUGUAUGUUUAACACCCCUAUUUAACAGGAAUGUUGAUGUAAUUUAUUUUCACAAGUUUAGGUUUAUUUUGAUGUUUACCAUUUUGCCAACAAGGGCUUCAGUUGCCUCAAUCCUACAAAAAAAAAAAAAUAAACAUUUUACGUGUUAAUACUGUGCUUGUAAUUGCUUUGCAAGAACAAGUUUCUCUUCUUGUUCAAAGAUGCACAUCUAAUUUAGGCAUGAUGGCAUCCAGUUACUGUUAUCAUGACUCAUUCAGUUUCAUAGAGCUUUAGCUUCUUGGUAAUGGUUAGCCGAUAUUUUUUUACAAACAUAAUUGUGGUUUAUACCGUAAACAACAUAAAUGUCCUUGUGCGUGUCUUAUGUCAGCACUGAGCCUCUGUGACUUAACUGACAUUAAAUUACCUCACUGAGCAAAGCUAGA